CCUGCACAUUCCAACGUUCACACCUGAUGUCUAUAUAUACAUAUAUUGCUCCUUCAAGCUGAGCACACAAAAACUGAGAUCCUUUUCUUCUUUCUUUGCUGGUUUAUAAAUUUCUUCUUAGUGUUCCCGUCUUGAUAGUGGAAGAACCUAUUGAAUCUUGGGAGAUAUCACCAUCAAUGGUAAAUAUCUUGAGUAACAGACCCUUGUGAAUUAAUCCUGCAGCUGUUCCAUUUUUCAUUAAUAUCUCCAACAAUAAUUACUAGAGUUAGUUUGCUGGGUCAAGUUGCUUGGAAAGCAGGAACACAGUUAAAGCACUAACACAUCCAGAACUAGUUAUGGCAAGUUUGAUGAUGAAGAAGCUGUUAUUCUUGAUCUUAAUUGUUGCUGGAUCAAUCUCAUCAUGUACUCUUGGAGUUGAAGUUGAAAGAUUCGCUUGGGGAAAGGGAAGGAAAGAGAAAACUGCUUGUCAACUUAUUACAAAAGCACAUUCUAAGAGGAGUAGCUACUUCGCUUGUGAAGAUGUCAAGAGAAACCAUAUGAAUAUGUUGGUAAAGUACUCCAAAUAUGAAAAUCUGCUACCUGGUUCCAAGCAAGCUGUUGAUGCCAAUUUAAGAUAUAAUCGAAUGCCAAGACUCGCCAAACUACACACAUCUCAAAAAGUUUUUGAACCUGGUCCUAUUAUCCAUGCGGCUCCUAGUUUCAGUCCUCCUGGUGGCCAUGGUUGAAUAUGCAGUGGGGAGGAAGGAACCGUGUAAGAGGGCGUUUGGCUUAGCUACGUUCUUAUAAGUUAAUUUGAAUUUAAAAGUAUUUAAAAUUCUAGACAGUACAUGUUUAGUUAAAAAAUAUAUAAGUGACUAAUAAAUAAUUAUGUAUCAAUAAAAAAAUAUACAGCUUAUA